UGGCAAUUGGCAGGGAUUGGAUUUUAAGACAAACAAAAUUAAUAAAAAUCUCUUACCUUUUUUUUUUUUUUUACGUUUAUCCUUGAAUUUGGAAAUCUUAAUGAAUGGCCGCUGGCUCUGCUGAGAAGAGGAAAAGCAUGGCGAAGAGAAGGAUUUGCGCGCGCUCCCACCCAGUAAUUCCAUGGAUAUCACGGUUGAAGGCCAGUGAAUCUAAAGGCAUCGAGAAAAGGUAAAUUUGGAUAGGGGACCUUGUUUUCUCCUGUUGUGUUCUCCGCUUCCUCACCUGCCAUCCUCGGUGAGUCCAUCUCCAUUCCUGCCGGACUGUUAUGGUAAUUGAGAAGAAGACCAAUAGAGGCUCCUGUGAGAAGAAUGGAUGGAGUGGAAUAAAUAUCUAACAAAAGAGGUAAACAAAGGCCAAGAAAAACUUGUGGGAGACACUUAAUAAUGUAUACGUUGGAGGGGCUUUAUAAAAGAUAAAGCCGCAAAAAUGGUUGGUGAACUAGAAUUUAUGUAGCUAAUCUCACAUAGUGGGAGAAAGACUUGAUAUUUUGUUAGUUAAGCCCUUGUAAAAUUGGGCUGUUUACAAUUUCUUUUAAUUGAAAUGGGCCAAAGCCUACUUAAAAAGGCUCAAGGGCUAGCCCAAUCAAGGUCGGCCCAUGCGCGAAGCUUGAGACACAUGGGACCCAACCGGGCGAACCACAUGGCAUGACCAAGAUUUAAGCGCAGCAGCACGAGGUGAGUUCGUGUACAGGUUUGGUGCUUUGGUGGUGUUUGAGGCAUUCGGUGGUGUUUUUCCAUCCUCUCAACUUCAAUCUGACAUAGCCUUGCGAUAUAUGAUGGAUGGAUCAGCUGGUCAAGGAAGCAGUAGUGCUGAUGUGUUUUUACGGAACUAUAAGUUUGGGAAAACUCUUGGCAUUGGCUCAUUUGGUAAGGUGAAAAUUGCAGAACAUGCUCUGACUGGCCAUAAAGUUGCUAUCAAGAUCCUGAACCGUCGCAAGAUAAAAAACAUGGGCAUGGAAGAAAAAGUUAGAAGAGAAAUCAAAAUAUUGAGAUUGUUUAUGCACCCUCACAUUAUUCGACUUUAUGAGGUUAUAGAGACACCCACAGAUAUUUAUGUUGUAAUGGAGUAUGUAAAAUCUGGUGAGCUAUUUGAUUACAUUGUGGAAAGGGGAAGGUUGCAGGAGGAUGAAGCUCGUAAGUUCUUUCAGCAGAUCAUUUCUGGUGUAGAAUACUGCCACAGAAAUAUGGUGGUUCACCGAGAUCUUAAGCCGGAGAACCUGCUUUUGGAUUCCAACUGCAAUGUGAAGAUUGCUGAUUUUGGUUUGAGCAAUAUCAUGUGGGAUGGUCAUUUUCUGAAGACAAGUUGUGGAAGUCCAAACUACGCUGCCCCAGAGGUUAUAUCCGGCAAAUUGUAUGCUGGACCAGAGGUAGAUGUGUGGAGCUGUGGCGUUAUCUUGUAUGCCCUUCUCUGUGGUACCCUUCCUUUUGAUGAUGAAAAUAUUCCAUACCUUUUUAAGAAAAUAAAGGGUGGAAUAUAUACUCUUCCCAGUCAUUUAUCAGUGGGUGCAAGAGACUUGAUCCCAAGGAUGCUUGUGACUGACCCUGUGAAGCGAAUGACAAUCCCUCAGAUACGUUACCACCCCUGGUUUCAAGCUCAUCUUCCACGCUAUUUAGCUGUCCCCCCACCCAAUACAAUACAACAAGCAAAAAAGAUUGAUGAGGAGAUCCUUCAAAAAGUUGUUAAUAUGGGAUUUGACAGGAACAGCCUUGUGGACUCUCUUAGCAAUCGAGUACAAAAUGAGGGUACUGUUGCCUACUAUUUGCUAUUCGACAAUCGAUUCUGUGUUUCCAGUGGCUAUCUUGGUGCUGAACUCCAGGAAUCUCUGGAAUAUGUUUUCAACGGUAUGAAUCCAAAUGUUACUGCCACUCCAGCUGUUGGACAACGAAUUCAAGGAUACAUGGAUUUUCAAGGAAUGGAUCCAGGAUCCCACCUCCCUAUUGAGAGGAAAUGGGCUCUUGGUCUUCAGACUCAAGCUCAGCCCCGUGAGAUAAUGAUAGCGGUUCUCAAAGCUUUGAAAGAACUAAAUGUGUACUGGAAGAAGAUUGGGCACUACAGCAUGAAAUGCAUGUGGAUUCCUGGUCAUCAUGGAAACACGAUGAGUUCUAUGCAAAGUGAUGAAUCCACCAUCAUAGCUAACGAUGGUGUUAAUAGGCUGCCGAAUGUAGUCAAGUUUGAACUGCAGCUGUACAAAACUCUUGACGCGAAAUAUCUUCUUGAUAUACAGAGGGUCCAGGGCCCACAGCUUCUGUUCCUGGAUCUCUGCUCUGCUUUUCUUGCUCGGCUCGAGCUUCUCUAGAAGCGGCAGCCUUGUGUUGGCAGUGAAUCUUAUGC